AUAUUAUCAUCAAAAUCCAGAGAGAAUAGGGGACAUUUCUGUUGUUGGCCUUCAAAAGACAAUGAAAAAUGAGAAAGUUUUCAAAGUGAGUUUUGGUCAAACUUCAGCAAAACAGCGUCCUGGUCAGAGUACGUUCAGACUUGGCUUAUUUGAUAUUUUAUCACUACUCAAUUUGUUUAAAACCUGUGACACUGAUGCUGAGUUCUGACCCGACUGGAGCCCUGCGUGGCCCUCUCAGCAGCUCCUGCCGUGUGGACACUGUCUCUCCAUGGGAACGGACAGUUAGGCUAUUUGCUUUAAUUUGCAACAGAAAAGCUUGCGGUGUAUAGUGACAGUUAGGGAAUGUUCUAUUUGGUCUUCCCUUGGCCUGUUUAAGUGGUAAAAGUGUCAUUAUUUAGUCUCUGAAGCGGAGGAGAGAGUGCAAACAGGACUGUGUGACCCUCUGUCAAAACCCUCCGUUCUUCAGAAGCUCAUUAAGGGCCUCUAGGACAGCGCAUCCAUUGGUGGGGCCCUCCAGUUUCCUCUCUGCCCGUUUGUAAGCCUCUCGGUUCGUAUUGAACCCACACACUGGCCGACUGACGACAGGAGUGGACUCGAUUUAGAGGCAGUGGGGACGGUGUGAAGUGCUAUAUUAAAACAGCAGGAAGCGUUGGAUUUGAGCCAAAUAGGAUCUAACCCCCUUGAGCUGAGUCCGGAUUUGGGUUGAGUAUUUGGAGAUGUUUUUCGGGGACAGUGUCCAGCCGAUGACUUCUGAUGGCAGACGCAUCAAAGUGACAAAUUCUCCACGAGACUCCGUUUGAAGGCAGAGGAUGGAGCUCCAAGGCCGAUCCGUCGACUCCACCUUGAUAGGUUUUGUCAACGGCAUAAACCUGAUAGAUUUUCCUCAGAAGUGCACGUUGGGACCAAGGCAACAGGUGGGUGAGACCGCACCCAGCCUCAGCAACCACGCAAGGCUGACCCACUCGUCACCCAGAGACCUGGACGACGAGGCGAGCUCCGAAGAUCUGUGCACCAGGCACCUGGUGAUGAGCCCGACUCGGUACUACAGCCGCGGGGGGCACGGACACAGUAAGUCCAAACGCAGGCGGAUCAUCACGGUGGUCCAGCGACAAGCGGCUAACGUGCGGGAGAGAAAGCGGAUGUUCAGCUUGAAUGAGGCGUUUGAUGAACUGAGGAGGAAAGUUCCGACCUUCGCUUACGAGAAGAGACUGUCACGAAUUGAAACGCUGCGUCUGGCCAUCGUCUAUAUCUCCUUCAUGACGGACUUGCUGGAGAGCUCUUGAGAACAACAUUGUUAUUUUGCGGACACUGGACUAAGCUGGAGACUUGAUUUUUUAAAACUGUCUCUGCUGACUUUAACAGCCCUGAAG